ACAGUUUCUGCGUUUCCCCGGGCGCCUUCCGCCGUGGCCGGCCGCUCCUCUACCACCCCGGGGCUACCGGCGAGGCCUCGCAAGCCCUGCCACCGGCGUCCCGACCCGCUCUCGCCCCUUGAGUCCCUCUGGCCCGGCUCCAUCCGCCGUUCCCCUCGAAGGCCUGUCGUGGCCUUCCGCGCGGGACAUUAUCCAAGGAAGCCUACGAGGCGUAGUGUGCAUGCGCGCUCCACCACCGAAGAGGGCCGCCUCCUUCCAGCCCGGCCUGCCGGAAGUGCUUGGGAAGCUUCCAGGAGCCGUAACCUAGCAGCGGCGGCGGCGCGGCCCUUAGCAACGAGGGAAUGCCGGUGUGGGUGCGCGACUACCGCUGGCAUCAGACGCCCGAGGCGGUGUACCUGACCGUGCCCGUCCCGGCGCCCGUGCGGGCUGGCAUCUUCUGCACCGAGCAGUACCUCAAGGUAAAUUCUCCUCCCUUUUUAUUCGAAGCCUUUCUGUAUGCUCCUAUAGAUGAUGUUCGCAGUACUGCAAAAAUCAAGGAUGGCUUUGUUUUGUUCAUCCUCUAUAAAAAAGAAGCGGCCAUGUGGAAAUCCCUCAUUAUGGAAAACGGUGACAAAGAAAAAAUGCAGAGAAUCCGAGAGGAUGCUGUGCGCAAAGCACAAGAGGACGCCAAAGCAGAAGCAGAAGCAAAAGGUACUCGGAAACAGGAGCGUAGCAAGUUUGCUCUGGAGGCCACAAUUAAGCUAGAAGAUGCAGAAAGAAAAAGAAUAGAAGAGCAGAAAGAAGAAGAACGGGAAAAAGCCACCAAGGAGAUUGAGAAAUGGAAAGAGCAAAAUGAGAAGCAAAAGAAGGUUCAAGAAAAAUACCAGUCGCAUCAGGAAUGGAGAAAAACGCUAGAGAAAAGCAAGCAACAGAACAGGAAAAUGAAAUCUAAUAGAGGAACAGUCAAGUCAAGUACAAUGGCAGGAGCUACAAGUUCUGGAAAUAUGUUUUCAGAGAAGCUAAAGGAAGAAUCUGUCCCUGCUCCUCGUUCUGCCGGUAGUAUUGAAAUAAAAUUCACCCCUCGUGCCUUUCCUACAGCUCUCAGAGAAUCCAGGAUUCCAGAAGAGGAGGAGUGGUUAUGUAAAGAAGCAGAGGCUCGCAGGAUCAUCAAUUCAGACAUUGCUGAGAUAGAGGAUUUAAAAGAAGAGGAGAAGAAUCCAGAUUGGUUGAAAGACAAAGGAAAUAAAAUGUUUGCAACAGGAAAUUACCUUGCUGCUGUCAAUGCCUAUAAUUUGGCAAUUCGUAUCAGUAAUAAAAUUCCAACAUUGUACUUGAAUCGAGCUGCUUGCCACCUUAGGCUGAGAAAUCUACACAAGGCAAUUGAAGAUUCUUCUAAGGCCCUGGAUUUACUGACUCCUCCUGUACCCAACAAUGCCAAGGCUAGAGUGAAAGCUCAUGUGAGGCGUGGGGCAGCAUUCUGUGAAUUGGAAUUGUAUGCUGAAGGUCUUCAAGAUUAUAUUGCUGCUCUCAAGAUUGAGCCUACCAAUAAAAAAGUAGAAGAAGAUGCUGAGAAGAUUCGACACGUAAUUCAAGGAAAUGAAUGAUUCUGGGGAGAAGUUGCAUAGGUUGGGUGAUCAGCUAUUGAGUACAGUAUUUAAUAAAUAGAAAAACAUUUGUGGUCCUUUAUUUUGUAAAUGUGUAAUAUAAAAUAGUUGGAAUACAUUUUUUCUAUUAUCUUGCUCAAUAAACAAGAGAAAAACCUAAGAUUGUUUAAAAACUUGAAAAAUGUAACUUGUAGUGUGAGAUAGUAUUGCAUAUUUUGAUAAAAUGUGGUAUCAUAUGUAAGGUAAUAACCACUAGUCUCUGUAGCUUUUAAACAUAUAAGUGAUAGUUAAAUACUCAAAGAAAAAUGCAUUAAAAAGCAUUCCUCUUGUAUAAGCUGUCUUAUUUCUAAAAACAAAAUUCUAAUUUGCAAUAUGUAAGAUGGCUAUAAUCAAAGCCCACUCAAAAUAUUUCUGCUGUGCUCCUUCUUCUGCAACCUCCUUUUCUUAUUUGGCUGUUUAUUGCUGUGCCGAAGAUGGCUUAACUCCAGGUUUAAGGACAUUUGUUGAUUCAGAAUGUGCUUUAGGGCACAAUCCAUUUGUGCUGGGCUGGGGGGAGUUGGAUGUGGCAGGCCCCGGCUUUGCUGGCAGACGCCCCUCUUGGUGGAGGGAAGCCCAGCCUGGUAGACGCCAGCGGAAGGCUGAAAGCAAGGUGUUCAGAGGGUGUGGCGGAAGAGGAGCGGGGGAGCUUCCGUUGCAUCCUCCUCGCAUUUGGAGUGCUCCCGUGGGUCCCGAUCACUGGGGAGCACAUACUCCCUGGCUUCUGCUUCGUCAGAUCAUGCGCAUUGCUCCUGACUGAGCUGGCGUUUAGCUGGCUCAGCAGCUCUGGAACAGGGAGUGGAUGCUACAGUGCUUUCUGCUGGCUUCCCAUGAUUUGGAUUGCUCUAUUAGUGAUUCUUUUAUUAAAGUAGGAAGUGAUACUCUCUGAAGUAUAAGAAUGUCCUGAACAUUUCUGGUUAUUUCUUGGAAUAGU